AUGCUACAGUUCGCUGACCUGCGCAUUUCUGACAACACGCAGCCCAUCCUCGGUGCUACGAUUUGUGUUGGGAUAAUUGGAGUGAUUGUUUGGGCUUACCUUCGCAAAUCAGAUAGCCGCCUUCCUCUCCCACCCUCUCCUCCCACUUGGAGGCUUCGGGGGCACUUCUUACCACCUCGCAACACAUCUCUCACUGUAGCGCGGUGGAUCGACGAGCAUGGCCCUCUGGUUACUAUUCGCUCAGGAAUUCAGACCACCGUGAUUAUCGGCCGCCACAAAGCCGCGGUGGAUAUAAUGGAGAAGCAGGGUAGAAUGCUUGCUGAUCGACCUCGCCUUGUUGCUGGAGACAUUUUUUCACGCGGACUAUCCCUUGUUUUAUUAGACGCUGGGGACAGAUGCCGUCGGAUGCGUAGAGCACUCCAUACGCACCUUCAGCCCAAAUCAGCCGAGGCAUACCAGCCCCUGCAGAUGUCACAAGCGAAAACCGCGAUCCUCGGCAUUCUUGACGAUCCACACAACUUUCAAAGCCAUUUAAUAACUUAUGCCGCAGCGACGAUCAUGAAAGUUACAUAUGGGAAGACCACGCCGACGUCGGCAACUGACCCCGAAGUCAGAGAAGCUUACCAGAUCUUGGAGAGAUUUCGUUCAAUCCUGCGCCCCGGUGCUUACUUGGUGGAGUCAAUACCGUGGCUCAAAUACCUUCCUUGGUAUGCGCCAGAAUUAAAAGACCAGUUUAAGAGAAACAGGCGGCUCUACACAAACCAGCUGAACCGUGUGAAACUGCACAUGCAGAGCAAUGUGAACACUGGCCCUUCGUUUUCAAAAUACAUUCUAGAAAAUGGACAUCUCUAUGGCUUGACAGAGAUCGAAAUGGCGUUUCUUGCUGGCGCCCUUUUUGGAGCUGGAACCGAAACAACUGCUGUGGCGAUAGGCAAGGUACUAAUGGCCGCCGCACAAUUUCCUGAAGAGCAGGCUAAAGUUCAGGCCGAGCUUGAUGCAUUCUGUCAAUUGAAUGAUUUCUCUGCCAAAGCGCCGACCUUCGCCGACAAACCAUCCCUUCCUCGUCUGGAUGCAUUUAUCUCUGAGGCUUUGAGAUGGAGACCGUCUGAAGGUGGUCCACCCACAGGUAUACCUCACCGAACGAUUGAAGAUGUCAUUUGGGAAAACUAUUGCAUUCCCGCUGGAACUACGGUAAUCGGCAACCACUGGGCCAUCUCUCGAGAUCCAGAAGUCUACCCCGAGCCUGAUGCGUUCAAACCCCAGCGCUGGAUUGACGACCAAGGUCGCUUGAGAGACGAUCUCACAUUCUUUGUAUUUGGGUUUGGUCGGCGCGUAUGCCCAGGUCAACACGUUGCGAGCAGAUCGAUAUUCAUAAAUUCGCUUCUUAUUCUGUGGGCCUUCCGGCUCAGUCUGGAUCCUACGAAGCCGCAGGAUGACAUGGGGUUCAUGACCGCGAUGAUGCCAGAUGUCCCAUGCGCUAUUGAAUUUCAGACGAGGGUUCCAGAAGUGGAGCUUAGGCGUAUGAUGCAGAAAGAUCCCGAGAGCGGGUGA